CCCACAGCCGCUCUCCCAUCGAUCCCCUGUUCAAGCACCAUGGCCGGGGAUGGCACUGAUGAAGAGGCGCGAAAUUCACCCCACGAAAGCACGGCGAUGCAGGAAAGGUGUACAGAAGGAAAUAUGAGGAGCGAUCUGGAGGCCCCUGCAUCCCCGGGAAUAGAAGGUGCCGCCAUCAGGUGUAGGGAUGUGUGUCGCUCGUAUGGCAAACUGAAAGUCCUGAACAGUCUCAACCUGACUGUGCCUCAAGGACAGAUCUAUGGCCUCCUGGGACCCAGUGGUUGUGGGAAGACCACCCUGUUGAAAUGUAUUGUGGGAACCCUCAAGAUCUCCCGGGGCAACAUCACGGUCCUGGGCAAGCCCCCGGCGUUCCCUGGCCACGACGUCCCUGGCAGGAUGGUUGGCUACAUGCCCCAGGAUAUUGCCUUGUACAGUGAAUUCACCAUCAGCGACACUCUAUGGUUUUUCGGCCGGAUACAUGGGCUCACUUCCAAAGAGACACAGGCCAGAAUGGACUUCCUCAUCGAUUUCCUGGAUCUGCCACAAAAGAACAGCCUUGUCAGAAAUCUCAGUGGUGGGCAAAGGAGAAGAGUGUCUCUCGGAGCGGCGCUGCUGCAGAACCCCCGUCUGUUGAUUCUGGACGAGCCCACAGUCGGGGUUGACCCAGUCCUGAGGGCAAAGAUUUGGCAGCAUCUUGUAGACAUCGUAAGGGGAGGGCAGGUGUCGGUCAUUAUAACCACGCAUUACAUUGAGGAGGCCAGACAAGCCACCACUGUGGGUCUGAUGCGAGGUGGGCAACUACUUGCUGAGGCUCCACCUGAGACCCUCAUGGAGCAGCGCAACUCACUGACGCUGGAGUGUGCCUUCCUGCAGCUGUGUGAGGAUUCAGACCAAAUGGUGUCUAAGCAGGAGAGCAGCUCUGAGGGGAAGCUCAUGGUGGACAGCCAGACUCCAGAGGCUUACAAGGACGAGAGCCGCCCCAUCCUCAGCUCAGGGAAGAGCCCCUCACCGGCAGAUGAAGUGCCCAGAUUUACAGCGGACUGGAAGGUGAGGGUUUGGCACGUGGUGCCAAAGUGGCGGAACGUUGCUGCUUUGGUGAUUAAGACACUGGUGCGGAUGAAGAGGAUGCCAGGGUCCCUGUGUUUCCAGUUCCUUUUGCCCGUCAUCCAGAUCUCUCUCAUGUGCUUGUGCAUCGGCGGGGAUCCCAAAGGCAUUCAGGUGGCCGUGGUGAACAACGAAACCAGCACACACUCAUUCAGCCGAUCCCUCCUCUCCUUCCUGGACAACUCCAGCAUCAUCCAGGUCAACCUGUCCCAUGCUGAAGCUUUUGCUGGCAUCCAUAAUGGAGAAUAUUGGGGAGUCAUAGAGUUUAGCAAAAACUUCACUAGUUACUUGACCAAGAGAAUGCUGAACCCCCGGAGUUCAAGAGAUGUGGUGGAUGGUGGUUCUGUGCAUGUCUGGUUGGACCUAACCAAUCGUCAAAUUGCGAUAAUGCUGCAGAAGAAGCUUCAUGACGCCUUUGAGGGAUUUGUCCAGUCAAAACUGGGUAGUAUGGCUUAUAUGGUAGCUCCUCCUAUUAAGUUUGAGGAGCCCAUUUAUGGCAGCAAGAAUACAGACUUCACCACCUUCGUAACUCCUGGAGCUAUUUUGAGUAUUACUUUCUAUCUGGCUGUAGGCCUGACUGCUUUGUCGUUUGUGCUGGAGAGGAAGGAAGGCCUGCUGGACAGGUGUUGGGUUGCAGGUGUAAGCUCCCUAGAGACCAUGCUUGCGCACCUGUUCUCUCAGCUCCUGGUCAUCAGCGUCCAGAUCAUCCUGAUGCUCCUCUUCAUCCUCCUCGUCUUCAAAAUUCCUAAUGAGGGAUCUCUGGCCCUGGUCGUCUCUUUAAUUAUUCUGCAAGGGGUGACAGGAAUCUCCUUCGGAUUGGUCAUCUCAUCUGCCAUCGAUGACGAGCAGUCUGCCAACCAGGCUGCCCUCGGUGUCUUUUACCCCAAUCUCAUCAUCAGUGGAGUGAUCUGGCCGGUGGAGUGCAUCCCCUACCCCCUGCGCUACCUCAGCCUGGCCCUGCCUCAGACCUACGCCUCCGAAGCCCUGCGCUGCAUCAUGUACAGAGGAUGGGGUCUCACACGACUAAUGGUAUGGAGAGGUUUCGCCGUCACUCUGGGCUGGAACACCUUCUUCCUCAUCCUCGCCACAGUCAUCCUCAAGCUGAGGUCGUGAAGUCACCUCCCCAAGAGAGACGUGUUAGGGGACGGGGGAGAGCCCCGUCAGAAAGAGACCCUGACUCCGCAGCCUGCCGUUAGGCCUCUCUCUCGUGCUCCCUCCGCAUGAGGUCUAACCGACAAUAACACUCUGGGCCUCCAGAAAUGAAAACAAGGGUGGAUGCCUGGACUUGUCAGUCAGAGCCUCAGUCUCUUCGUCCUCCCUGUCUUUAUCACUGGCAGCUGCAGAGCGAAACAUACCUGUUGACUUUUCAUUGUUUUUACCUGAGACAUGCUAAUAUAUGCUUCUAGGCAUGUGACGUAAAAUGACCAACUAUAAGACAAUUCGUUUUUUAUAUCAGUGCAAAACAUAUUGAUAUGGCAAUACCUAUAGCUGAACCAGCAAACUAGUAUUGUGACGGAAAUAGCUGAGCGGACAAAAGGAUAUCUACCCUUGUUGUACCACUGUUUUGUUUGCCUACAGCUCCGACCUGAUUCUCUCAUCCAGUUGCUUAGCAGAAUUGGUGGCUGUAUCCAAUCAGGUCAUCUGGUGCUCUCCACUCUCCACACAAGUUUUGCAGAUUGUCUGUGCCUGUGCUCCCUAUAAUGAAGGGGACUGAGUAGUUACACAUUAAUCACUGGAGGGGAAAUCUGUUGAUCUGCCACAACAUUUCCCCACCAUGCAGGACAGAGGGGGACUUAUUUUAACCAAGCAUCGUAUAUAUGUAUAUCAAUGCAAGCAGACAAGUAUCAAUGUCUAAAACCUUGCAUUUAUGAUGAUGCACACAAUGCUUUACAUAUUGUGUCUAUAGCUUCUGUGGCAUGUGAAACAGUUCAACAAUGUAUGCCAGUGUCGGGUGGAAACUGAAAGAACUGAUAAGAAUCAUUGUUUACAUUCAGGUAAAGCUGGGUGCCUGGACCACGCAACAUUUGAAGUGAAAAUUGCACGUCUUUUUGUGUUUCCUUGUAUUGAUUUUGUAUGAUUGUAUGCUAGAGCGUUUUAAGGUUUUAAAUCCCAAAGCCAUGUGGUAUAUCUCACAGCAUGUGACAGUAUAGUACAGCAUAAUGAAGUAUUAAAGUUGCUGUCUUUUGACGACAGUGUUAGUUGCCUGGAAGUGCACAUAUUCUUAUACACAGGAAAAGGAUUAAAAAUAGAAUGAAGAGUAGGAGAGUGAAAAAUAGAUUGUACCAAUAUUGCUUAUGUAUGUGACGUGCUUGGGCUCUGGGCUCUGGGACAAGACAGUGAACUGUAUGUUAUAUGAGUUCUGCUUAAUUGCCAAUUCAUACAGAAAGUUAAUUUCGCUUGGUACAAUCCUUAUAGUAUGAAGUGUUCUAUUCAAUUCCAUCUAUCCCCUCCAUAGCCAUACAGCUGUUUUUGGUCAUCUGUUUAUUUGCAUUAAGGGACAAAUACAUACUCUUUGCCUUCUGUUUAUCUCAUCAUUCACAGUUCAUGCUCAUCUUUCUGUUAUUAUUGUGUUUUCAUUUUUGUUUUGUUUUUUGACUGUUUAGUGUUGGGACCACCCCAUGUGCCUCCACCAUUCCAGCAGGACUCCAUGGCUGUUGUGUGCAAUUUUAAAACACUUAUGGACAGAGAUGAAUAUAGCACAAUAAGCCUUACAGAGGGCGUCGUGUUCUGCCUGGAAUUGUUGAGAAUUCUGGCAUUCUACCUCUCCCGGAUCCUGUAAUUAUGAUGUCUUGACUCUAUCUAUCUGCUAUAUGUCAAAAGAAAUAUAUAAAGAGAUGUUUAACUUUUGUCUUUUUAAAGAGUAAAUUUGUUCAAAGAUG